CAGAUGUGAUAGUUUAGGGGGACCUUUUUUUCGCUAAAGGCUUUCCGAAUAUUAUUUCAACAUCCGACACAACCUAUAUUUAUAUGCUACACUGUCACGGGUGGGCGGUUUUCGUGUCGUCGCGUUUAAUUUAACCCGCGAAGUUUGACAGUGGCAAGCUAAGUGUCCAUGCAUGCGCAAUAAUCCAGGUUGAAAAACAGCUACAAUGACAUCCUUGGCCCACCAGCUGAAGAGGCUCGCUCUGCCUCAGAGUGAUCCCAGCCUGCUCACACGAAAGGAGGUUGCUUCCCUCCUCUUCGACCCAAAAGAUGCUGCCACUAUGGACAGAAGCACUUUCUACGCUCUCGGUUGCACAGGGCUAGAGGAGCUCUUGGGGGUUGAACCUGCAUUUUUGGAAUUCCAGAAUACUCUAUUCAACCAAGCCUCACUGACCUUAGAGAGAAGUAUCCAAUCUAAAAAGGUCAAUGAGAAGUUGGAUGCAGAUGUCUCACUUUUCCUCACACGCCUCUCCCCUUACUUUCUCCUCAAGCCAGCUCAGAAGUGCAUAGAGUGGCUUGUACACAGGUUCCAUAUCCAGCUGUACAAUGUUGACAGUCUGCUGGCCUGUGCCCUGCCUUACCACGAGACAAAUGUGUUUGUCAGGGUAGUCCAGCUGCUAAAGAUCAGCGACCCUACCAACCGUUGGAACUGGCUGCAUUGCCUACAGAAACCGGGAGUGCCUUUAGCCAAAGGAACCCUAGUCACCCACUGCUACAAAGACCUGGGCUUUAUGGACUUUAUCUGCACCAUAGUCACCAACUCAAUCAAGGCCUACUCAGAACACUCUGAAAACUGUGCCCAGCUAAGAGUGAUCUUCUCCUUCUAUGCCUCUACCAUUGUGCCAGCUCUGGAUGCUGUAGAGAAAAUCUCAGACACCAUCAUAUCCAAACUACUUCCUUAUGUUCAGAAGGGGCUAAAGUCAUCUCUUGGAGACUACAAGGCUGCCACCUACAUGAUCAUAUGCCAGCUAGCAGUGAAAGUAGUCAUGGAGGCUAGCCUAGUCGACACACUAGCCUCACAAAUCAGCAAGUCCUUGGUCAAAGAGCCUGUACUGGCUAAAGAGGGCCUGGGAUGUCUCAUAGUCUUGCUGCAGAACCAAAAGGACAGCAAGAUUGGACCCAGAGCCUUCAAACGCCUGUACUCCAUGCCCUCCCUGGUCGUGACCCUGCAAUCCAUGGCAGUAGUCCAUGAUGUCAGUCCCCUGCUGAACUACCUGCUACCUCAUCUGGUCCACGCUGUUAUCAGUGCCAGUUCUGGUGAGACAUGGCUCUCUGUGUUUAAGGCCAUCCUGCAGUCAAUACCUCUGACCAAAGGCAUGGACAUUAUAGUUUUGAGGCUCCUGCUUGAUGAGUAUCUGAGUCAGAGCCAGCUCUCUUCAGAGGACAUCACAGCGCUCAAUAAACGGCUGCUGCCUCUGAUUCGACUGUUUGAAUCCAAGUACUGCGGGGCUGUGGAUCAUGUUCUAGCAGGGCAUGUCAGUGACAUCACCAGUGCAGAGCAGAAACACCUCUUCCACCAGUUCAUCUCUCUGUCUAUGAGCAGCGGGAAGUUUCAGAUCUUGGGCGACUCCAACACCUCGCUGCUUCUCAGCCUGCAGCACCCGCUGCCCUCAGUCAGGAGCAUGGCUGUAGACCACCUGAUGGCCGCCAUCACCUCUGGAGACGAGAAUCUGGAUUACAACUUCCUGAAGGGAGCGGUGCUGGACAGGAUGAAGGACGAUGUACCAGAAGUUGUGGCUGUCACUCUGAAAGCCCUGGCGGUCUACAUGGAUCGUUUGGAUCCAGAAGAGACUGCCUCAUGUUUACUGUUGCUGCUGGAGAGAACAGACCUCUCAUCAGCUGGACAGUGGCUCCCGGUGCUAAGGGAGGCAGUACGCCUGCUGGCUGACCCCAGACUGGGCAAGGAGAGUUCGAAGUUGGGGCAGCAGAUAGGCUGGAGACUUUUGCCCUUCACGGUGAUCACCAGCAUGCAGCCGGACUCACCAGAGCUCCAGCUAGCCUCCUGUGUUGCCCAGUCACCCAUCCUGGCUCAUCACCCGCUCACGAAAGGCUGGUCUCAAGAGCUGGAGAAAGGGAUGAAGAGAUGCAGUGAACCAGACUUCCUGGGCUCUGUAAAUCAGUGCCUUAUCUCCACUCUAUCCAAGAACCUUGCCAGCUUGGAGCGCCUCUCCAAACGCGAUGCUUUGGAGAAGUUGGCGCUGUCGUUGGAUCAGCUGCGUGGCUCUGGUCUGAGAGAGCGGACGGCUUUCCUGGUUCUCACCCAGACACUGCUCGAGGGGCUGGGACAGCUGAGCGACACCCAUCAUUUCCUCACCGCGCAGAAGGUCUACUCUCUGCUGGAGCCCCCCCUACUGGAAGCCACCAAGGAGGACGCCCCUCAGGGUGCUGAGGGGCAGGUUGCUGCUCCUGUCUCUUUCUCGGAGGCCCUGGCUCUCUACAUCCAGAUUGGGAGGGCUGGAUGGGGCCCGUUGGAGAACAGGGGCAUAGAAUACAGACUGGUUCUGCCCUCACUGCUGCGAUGCUUCAUCUCUUCUCUCAAGUGUCCGGACACAUUCGUCAAAGACGAGGUUUGCUGGAACCCAGAGAAGCUGGACCCCAACACCUGCUGUUACCUCAGCCUGCUCUGCCGGCUCUUUGACGUCAUCAUCAACAGCUCCACCCACGGACCAAUGGCCAUCAGCUUCAGAGAGCUCAUGAAACUUCUGUUGCAGGUGCACCUAAGUGAGCCACUGGUGCUGUUUAAGUUCCUGUGUGUGCUGUGGGGCUACAGUGCCAACCAAGGAGACCAGCUGGAUGUGAAGGUGACUGCCAUCCUGCAGACCCAGGCUCUUUAUAUGGGCAAUGCCAUGCUCAGUACCCAGCCUGCCAGCACACUGACAGACCUGGCAUCAGCCAAGUCACCAGUUGUCCCGUCGUUGCUGGGCUGUCUUAGCUCUCCCAUACGUGAGAUCAGGAGAGCAGCCCUCAACGUCCUGCAGACCCUGUCAGGGUCAGACACUGUCUUCAAGCCAAUCGUGGAAAGACUUCUGAAGAACACCGAAGAGAUCAUUGCGGACCCCUCCCAUCUUAGCCAGGCUCUGGGUGUUGCACAUGAGGAAUGCAUGUUGGGUAAAGCUAAGGCUCGGAAGAAGAAGCUGCUGUUAUCGCUGGAGCAGCUCCUACAGAGCAUCAGAGCCCCUGGCUUCCCUUCCUACAUGGCCAAAACCCUGCUCAGAGCUCUGUGUCAGGUCAACGGAGAGUCUGUACUAUCCGUACUGCUACCGGUCCUGGACGGGUUGCUAGAGCAGAGUGGGCCGGAGCCCCUUAAUCUCCUACGUGACGAGGUCCAACUGAUGCAGCUGGUACUCGGGAAGUACAACGAGGCAGCGGCCCCUCUCCUGGUAAAGGACCAGGCUUGUCUGGAGCUGUUUGUGAGGGCCCUCAGGACGCCGGCACAGCCCUACCCCGACAUCCCAAGCUUCCAGAUCAUUGCCCUGGAACAGAUCACCAUGCCGUUCUUCUCUGCCCUGGGGGAUGAGAAGGUCCAGCAGAGGCUGUUGGGAGUAAUGUUUAACCUCCUGGUGGAGAGCAAGAGUCAUCUUGUCGCCAACACCAUUAGUAGCGUCUUCAAAGGGAUUGCCGUGGAUGGUGAGCUGGUAGCCAACGAGCUAGCCCCCCCAGAAAAGCCCAAAGUCAAAGUGACGGUACAGCAGACCCGCAGAAGCAGAUUGCUGCACAGGAAAGCUCAGGAAGGUAGCGAGGCCAAACCAGAGGAGGGCGCCAUGUCAUGGCAGAGGGUCACGCUAAUCCUGGAGCUGCUGCAGCACAAGAAGAAACUGAAGAGAGCCCAGCUGUUGGUUCCACCUCUGUUUGCCCUGCUCGCCAGGAGCCUCGAGCCUUGCGCAAUAGAACAAGGCAACAUGGAGUACACCAAGCAGCUUCUCCUCAGCUGUCUACUCAACGUCUGCCAAAAACUGUCUCCUAAUGGAGGACCCAUCGCACCAGACAUCCUGGACGAAGAUAAGUUCAACGUGGAGCUGGUUGUUCAGUGUGUGCGGGUGUCAGACAUGCCUCAGACCCACCAUCACGCCCUGCUACUACUAGGCACCGUGGCAAGCAUUUUCCCUGAAAAGGUCCUCCACAAUAUUAUGCCCAUCUUCACAUUCAUGGGAGCCAACAUCAUGCGCCUUGAUGACGCGUACAGCUUCCAGGUCAUCAACAAGACCGUACAGACUGUCAUACCCGCGCUGAUCAAGACCCAUGAAGGUAGCGAGGACAAGUCGUCAAGCCACAUGGAAGCGGUGGUGACACAAAUUAUGCACGUGUUCGUUGACGCGGUGCCACACAUGCCGGAGCAUCGUCGCCCAGCCAUUCUUUCUCAACUGAUGAACACACUGGGACCGGGCCGGUUCCUCUGGGUCCUAAUGCUCCUCCAGUUCAAACAGCAUGCUACACAGACUGCUAAUUCUGGUAAACGUGAUGCAGCUCUGGAGAGGGACAUGGAGUUUUGGAUUUCAUUGUGCUGUGAAUUUGAGGUGUCAGACCAGCUCACCUCCCUCAUCAAGAUCCUACAGUACCUCAUGCAGCUGCCAAAAGACAAAGAAAAUGCCACUGCUGCUCCAGUGAAGCAUACCCCGCACCGUCGAGCAGUCAAAAUAAAGCGGGACGAGAAAGCAGAGGAGCCAGUCUUCAAUGUGGACGCCCACAGCGGCAAAGAGCUGCGACACUUCAAAUUCCUGUCUGUCUCCUUCAUGGCACAGCUGCUCGCCUCGUCCAGCUUUAUAGCAAAGGUUGCAGACAAUGAUGAUGCUGGAAAUGAGUGUCUGCAGCAGCUACAGCAAAGCCUCUUGGAGGAGAUUCUGCUUUACAUCCACAGCGUGGCUCACUGUGUGGAGGAAAACGCUGAAAGUCCCACAGCAAAGUUCUGGAGAGUUCUGCUCAAUAAGACCUAUGAUGUCCUGGAUAAGGUGAAUGCCCUGUUGCCUGCUGAUACCUUCAUCACUGUGAUGAAAGGGCUGAUGGGAAAUCAGCUGCCAUCUGUCAGGAGAAAGGCCAUGGAGCUGCUAAACAACAAACUGCAACACAGGACACAUUGGAAGGAGCAACAGGUAACGGUGCUCUUGCAACUCACCGGCGACCUACUUGACAUCGUACGUAAAGGUAAAAGCAAGGCCGGGGAGGAAUGCAACGGAGAGGAGGAGCAGGCCAUCAACCGACAGACUGCGCUCUACAGUCUCAAACUGCUCUGCCGCAACUUCGGCUCUAACCACUCGCAGACAUUUGUGCCCGUGUUAAUGCACGCGGUGGACAUCGUCAUGUCCCCAGAAGAAGACAAAAAUGUCAUGGGCAGUGCCCUGUUAUGCAUCGCGGAAGUGACCAGCAGGCUCAAAGCCCUCGCGAUCCCACAGCUGCCCAGACUAAUGCCCGCAGUGCUGUACACCCUGACAGACAGGAAAGAUCUGCUAAGCAAUGAAAUCUACCUGCUGAGUGCUGUCACAGCCCUGCAGCGUGUCACCGAGACGCUGGCACAUUUUAUCAGCCCCUAUCUCCAGGAUAUAACCUUACAGGUGUGUCGGCUGACCCGUCUAGCAGAGACCACCACUUCCCCUCAGCUGUCGGUGCGUCUGACCUCGCUGAAGAACACCCUAGCCACCAAGGUGCCCCCAAGAGUGCUGAUGCCCACCAUCACCAAAUGCUACAGCAACAUAGUCACCAAAAACCAGACCUGGCUCGGUCCUCUGAUGACCAUUCUGAAGGAGCACAUCUGCCACAUUGAGAAGGAGCAGCUGAACUCCCACCAGUCAGAACUCACUUCCUUCUUCCUCACCACCCUCGAUUUUCGAGCCCAACACUGUCAGGGUGAUUUGGAGAAGACCAAGGAGAUUGAAGGCUAUGUGAUUGACUGCCUUCUGGCCAUGGUGAUGAAGCUGUCUGAAGUCACCUUUAGACCGCUCUUCUUUAAGGUGUUCGACUGGAGUAAGAAUGAAGCUGAUGGAAAGGAACGCCUGCUUACCUUUUACCGACUGGCUGACUGUAUUGCUGACCGGCUGAAAGGGCUGUUUGUCCUUUUUGCUGGAAACCUUGUUAAACCAUUUGCUGACCUCCUGCGACAAACCAACAUAUCCAAGACCGAUGACUUACUGUUUGACUCUGAGGAAAAUGUUGAGAAGAGCAGCCUGCUGCUGGAGUACAUCCUGGACUGCCUCCAUAAGAUUUUCCUCUACGACACCCAGCACUUCCUCAGCAAGGAGCGAGCCGACGCCCUCCUGGGACCUCUGGUUGAUCAGCUUGACAACAUGUUGGGUGGAGAUGAGGUGUACCAGACCAGGGUGGCCAAACACCUUGUGCCCUGCAUCGCCCAGUUCUCCGUGGCCAUGGGUGAUGACAGUCAGUGGAAGGCCCUCAACUACCAGGUCCUGCUCAAGACCAGACACACGUCAUCAAAGGUGCGUUUCUCUUCCCUGCUGGUGCUAUUGGAGCUGGCUGGCAAGCUGAAGGAGAAUUACAUGGUGCUGCUGCCUGAGACCAUCCCCUUCCUAGCAGAACUCAUGGAGGAUGAGUGCGAGGAAGUGGAGCACCAGGUCCAGAAGGUCAUUCAGGAGAUGGAGAACAUUCUGGGAGAACCACUGCAGAGUUACUUUUAAAACACACGGACUCACACCUGCACACACUGUCAUUCAGCUCAACACGAGCCUGACACCACCGCCGCUGCAGCGGACAGUUUGAGCUCUGCUUGGACCCCCAGUAUGAAAACUGUAUUGAGUCCCUGCCAGAAGCUCUGGAUAAGACGUUUCCCCCGCAGAGCCAUGUUAUCCUCAACUGUGAGACCUCCAAACCGAGAAUUGUGUCUUUGACUACCAAAACAGCCCCGUGCAGUCAACCAAAUCCCCAUACAAGUAGUUCAUCCCUAUUUUAACUUUAACUCGAGAACGACCGAGCCGGUCAUUUUCACCGUUUUGAAAAAGGGUAUUGUCAAAUGGAUUUAGGAAUCCAGCAAUUUAGUUUUACUUUUUAUUUUUAUUUUUAUUUUUACUUUUUAACCGCAUUAAAAAACUGAUUUACAAUUUCCACCCAUCUGUUAUCCGAACCGCUUAUCCUGCUCUCAGGGUCGCGGGGAUGCUGGAGCCUGUCCCAGCAGUCAGCGAGGUAUUUAAUUUAUAUAUUUAUCGAUGAUUUCAUUUAGUUAUUCAUAAGAAGGUUCUGGGUCCGAGCCCCGGGGUAGUCCAACCUUGGUGGGUCGUCCUGUGUGUGGAGUUUGCAUGUUCUCCCCGUGUCUGCGUGGGUUUCCAGACCUGCCGCUCUGUGAAUGCUCCUAAAACUGCAUAUAUUUCUAUUAAAAUGAGUUUAAGAUCAAUUGCACAAAAAAAAGUUAUGAUAAGAUCUACCCAAAACAACCAAGACCGCACGUGAUCGUGUGCGUCAUGUCACUAUUUAUGACGUGUGAUGGCCACAUCAUUUCCUUCAUGAAGGUCAUCGCUCUGUCCUAGAAACACACUAGUGUCCUCCAGUGCAGAGAUAUAGUCUAAACUUGAGUUUUGAUUAUUGCCAACAUGUCUGGGUACAGAGGCACCAUGACUACCACUGAGGUGUUGCAGUAUUUACAGGCGUUGGACAGCGGGCAUUUUAAAUUGUUUGAAAACUAGUAUUCAAGUUGUUAAAAUGUUAAUUUUGGUGUCAGUUUCGUAACAGACAUACAUAAUGUUAAUAUCUCAAUUGGGUCUUUAUCUUGACAGAAUAUAGAGUUUAAAAACCCGGCGGUAUAUAAUAUAAUAACAUAAUAAAUAUAUGCAAUUACAGGAGAAUUCAGGGAGCGGCAGGUCGGUAUCUUUUUUUUCUCACAAAGUUAUUAAACUUUGAAAAUCCAAAAACGGGCCUAAUGACCGUCUCGGUCUUUCUAGUGUUAAAAAUCCUCCUAUUUCUGACCAGCAUGUGAAGCGUUUCGUUCUUUUUAAAGUGAGAAAUCCAUUUUUGAGAAGCAGAGUCGACCUAAAGUAUACCACACAGUGUCUCUUGAACACGGGGAACCUCGUCUUCUUGGUUUUUGACGAAAGUGUAAUUUUGUCAAGAGGACUGCCCUCGUUUCCCCCACGUGCAGCGCAGUUCUGUGUGUAAAUGCUGCUUUGGGUCAUUUUGUAAGAGCAUCUCUCUCCUUUUUUUCUUAAAAUUUAUUUCUGAUUUUUCCCUUUUUCUCCCAAUUUAGUGGCCAGUCGAUCCCAAUUUUAGUUCAAACACCCACCCUCGUACUGCAUGCGUUCGCCAACUGCAUCUCUCCGGCCGGCAGUCUCGAAGGAGACGCCUCAUCACUUUCGUGACAAGGUGACUCCAGGCCAAACCACUGCUUUUUCUGACAGACCCAGAGACGUAUUUGCACAUUCAUUUUUUUUUAAAUAGCGGAUCUUCCAGUUUUGGAAUGAAACACACACACACACACACCACCUCUCCCUGCGCAGUGUGGAUUGUAUGAAAAUUAACUACAUAAUGGCAUGUAGUUCCUGCUUGCAUCUGCUUUGAGUAGAUGAUUUUGUAAACUAGUAGUAAAAUGUUCAACCUCGGAUCUGCUGCUCAGACGGCGGGUCGGUAACUUUUUUACUUGCUUUUAUUGAUUAUUACCUCGCUUUCCUGGACAGAUGGUUGUGAUAACGGUCAACAAUCUAUCACGUGUGAAUGAUGAGAUUUCUAUUUUUUCCAUAUUUAUCAAAAAAAAAAAAGAAAAAGACAUGCAUGUUAGGUAGGGUUCGUACCCCUGACCGGGGCGUGGUGAGACAGGCUGGAGUUGGUCCCCGGGCGCUGCACAGCAGCUUCCCACUGCUCCUGGCUGCACAGCUAGGAUGGGCUCAAUGCAGAGAACAAUUUCCCUUUGGGGACCUGUAUCAAAAUAAAUAGAGAAAUAUCUUAAUUUGGUCUCCAGAUGAGAGGCAAUCUACCCUCUGCACACGUGAAACUUUGCAUAUUCAAUGAGUUGGAUGAAAAUGAACUACAUUUAUGUCGUGUAGUUGCUGCUUUUAUCUGCUUCGAGCAACGAUUUUGUAAACUUGGAGUAAAAUGUUCAACUUGGACCUGUUUUGCACCUGUGAAUGUUUUUUUUUUUUUUUUUGUGAAUUUAACUGCUUUUGUU